AAAAUUUAUAUCACACAUCGAGGAUUGUCGGUGACCAUAUAGCUGUUCAAGAUGGUGUGGAAACACUAUGUAUUAAUAUGCUGUUUUCUGCUAUCAGGAGUAUCCACACGGAGGAACUUGAAGCAUCGCCAUAAAAAAAUUUAUGUUGGCAAAGAAGCUAAAUUUAAAUGCUUACCAGGCGUGCCUAAGAACCACACUGUAAUUGGUUUGACCUGGAUAUUAACUGGAUACCAUAAAGUUGACAACUUUGUAGAUGAGAAGCCUGAGUAUGACGCUCAAGUGAGAAUUUCACUUCGUUUUGAUGACACAGGAGCAAUUCAGGGGCUACUACAUCCUGGACGACAUAAAUCCUAUUUACGCUAUUUUUUUCAAAGAAAGAGGAAUAAAUUUGUGAUGUUGAUCCGUAAUGCAAAGCUUGAUGAUGCGGGAGAUAUAGCAUGCAUUGUAAAAAUGAAUAAUGACGCAACAGAUAAAAGGUCAACUAUUACAAAAACAUGGGAACUAUCUGUUCUUCCAGAUGAGACACCAGUCAAAUUGGCAAAGGAAGGAGAAGAUGUGUUUAUACCAUGCCGGGUCCCAUAUGUACCAAAAGGCUGGAUUCCACAUUGGGUGCAGCUGUACUACUACAGCACAAAUCUACAAAGAUCUCAUUACAUCUAUGGCAUUAGAAUUCGGUGGAACCUGGAUAAAAAGCACGAUGGCACCUUCAACAGCACUAAGUAUGAGCUCAUGAGGCCAGAUAGUUAUUAUACCCAUGAUUUAAAGAUAAAGCAUACCACAACAUCAGAUGCUGGCUACUAUGUUUGUAAUGUAAAAAUGGAAAAAAUACAUUAUACACGUGAAGACGAUGAAACUGAUAAGAACUACUACUUCCCAACGCAGCUCAAGAUAAAUGGUACACAAGACAAGAAACAAUGUAGAUGUAGUAAACCCAAGCACCUGCUGAGUAAGAAUGGAGACACAUUAUUCACCAAUGGGUUAAACUGUGGCUCAAGAGUCGAAUGGAGGUGUAGUAACCAAUCUGAACCUGUAUAUGAAGAACCCAUAUCAUUCCAGAAAUGUGUUGAUGGAAAAUGGGAGCCAGAUUUUCAAGGUCUACCAUGGUGUGUGUUUUAUACAAGCGAUGAUCCAUGUGAGGAGUAUGAUAAUCGAAAGUUGUGUAAACAAGGGUCUACAUGUCUUGUCGAUGGUGAGACGUCGGAUGCAACAUGUGGUCCAUGUAAACCAUACACAACAGGAUAUUUUUGUGAAGAGAAAUCUGAUGAAUACUGUAACAUUCACUGCAAGAAUGGCAAUUGCACAUACCAUGAGGAUAGUGAUUAUUUUACAUGUGCAUGUCAUGAAGGUUGGAUUGGCUAUGGCUGCAGUACAAGUAUAGAAGCAGUAUGUGCUUAUUAUGAUGGAGUAUCAAGUGGAGGAAAGUUUUGCAAAAAUGGUGGAACAUGUAUGGCAGAAUAUCAUCACUACACUACUGAAGCUAUGUGUUUAUGCCCAGAAAAUACAACUGGCCAUGGAUGUGAAACACUAUUACAGUGAACAAGAUGCACUGUUAUAAAUACUGUACUACCAGUUAAUUUCGGGAUGCAUGCAUCACUUUUGCAAUUGAUCCUUAAAUGGGAUAAAUAAAUCUUCAAAGUUUUCAGAAAAUGAGGGUACAAACAGAGUGGUCUAUUUGAAAAUAUACAAAUCUCAUGAUGAUAUCUGAAACAACAAUUUUACACUGAUAUAUUAGUCAUGCCUCAAAUUAUACCCAUUUGUCACAAUCAAUUACAUGUAUAUACAUUUUUCGUUGGGACAGAAUAUGGUUGUUAUUACUAGUUUUCAUCUAUUGACCAUAUCUAGCCUUAAACUAUCGAUUAUUAUUACGAUUUUAUUAUCCUAUGUAAAAGUAAAUUACUACUUUAUCUGUUU